AUGGUUGGACCACUGAAGCAGGAGGCCUUUCGUAGCAACAUCGGCCCUGAUGGACGGCCACUGUCGGCACAAGAACGCGAGCGAUUGUUACAACCGUAUCUUCCCGAGGCCACCUCAGCUCGCAAGCACCAGCGAUCGCAACCGCUGCGCCAGCUGAUCAAGGCGGCCCUGCACCUCUUGCUGUACAACCUCAUCCAUUUCGCCUUCUCCGUCUACCACCGCUUUCGCGUCGCAUACCACAACCUAAUUGACCGCGUCUUUGCCGUCCUGUACUACCACCAUCGCACCCCAGAGUACAUCCAGAAGGAUGUCCACCGCCUCAAGAAGCUGCCCAAGCACCUGUCAAUCAUCCUCGAGCUGGACGACAACACACGCGACAACUCUAGCCUGGAAGCCUUGAUCCACAAUGUCUGUGAGGUCGCUGCUUGGUCCGCCUGCGCUGGUGUGCCCCUGCUGAGUAUCUACGAACCAACCGGUACCACGGUCCGCCCUUCCUGGCCACGUCCUCUGUCUAACCGCUUCUANGGUCUCCUCAAGCAGUCCCUGCCACUCGUACACCGCCGCAUCUCGCGUACUCUGGCUGCUUAUUUUGGUCAUGACAACCCAAACAAGCCAACCCUUUCGCUGGGCGCUCCUCACAUGCAAUCUUUCUCGCCGCCUGCCUCGCCCAAAUCCAGUCUCGACGCCAACUCUUCGAAAUCACCUCCCCAUCUCUCCAUCCUGCUUUUGUCAGCCUCGGACGGCCGUGGCACCCUCGUCGAUUUGACAAAGACGCUGGCUGAGAUGAGCCAGAAGGGGAAACUUGCUCCAAAGGAUGUUUCCAUGGAUCUGGUCGAUGCCGAGCUCACCGAGAGCGUCAUGGGCGAGCCUGAUCUAUUGAUGUUAUUCGCUGAUAGUGUCCAUCUCAAGGGAUAUCCUCCGUGGCAGUUGAGACUCACCGAGAUUUUGUAA